GGGCCGCUGUCCUCGCUCUUCUCAUUUGUGUCCUGGGACCACGUGAGGAUGCUGCUGUGGCUUCUUUUCUUCUCAGCUCUGGGUCUUAGUGCCUGGGGGGAUUCCCCUCAGUUCUCCUGGAAUGAAACCCAAGCCAAGGAAGUGUCGGAGCGGCUUGUGGACCUGUUUGUUGGCAUCGCACAGCUCAUUCAAAAGGGUCGCAAUGGUGCCCCCACCAUUGUCUCCCGUAGCGAGUGGGGGGCGCGAUCACUGACCUGCAGGGCCCCGCUGACCCCGCCUGUGGCCUAUGUCAUCACGGACCAGCUCUCGGGGAUGCAGUGCCAGGAGCAGAACGUUUGCAGCCAGAAGCUGCGGGACCUUCAGUCCCAUUCCACCUUCACAGAAGGCUGGUGCGAUGUGGCCUACAACUUCCUGGUUGGGGACGAUGGCAGGGUGUACGAAGGUGUCGGCUGGGACGUCCAAGGUCUGCACACCCAGGGCUACAACAGCAUCUCCCUGGGCCUCGCCUUCUUUGGCACCAAGGAAGGCAGCAGUCCCAGCCCGGCUGCCUUAUCAGCUGCAGAGGAUCUGAUCUUCUACGCCAUCCGGAAGGGUCAUCUGUCACCCAGGUAUAUUCAGCCACUUCUCUUGGAAGAAGAGGUGUGCCAGGCCCAUAAGCCGCAAGCACCCAGGAAAGCUUGCCCCAGCAUCAUCACGCGGUCAACUUGGGAAGCCAGAGAGACAUACUGCCCUAAAAUGAACCUCCCAGCCAAGUAUGUCAUUAUCAUCCACACUGCUGGGGCAACCUGCAGCACGUCCAUGGACUGUCAGAGACGCGUCCGAGACACACAGUCCUACCACAUGGACAAACUGAACUUCUGUGACGUUGGAUAUCAUUUCCUGGUGGGCCAGGAUGGUGGUGUGUACGAAGGAGUUGGCUGGCAUAUCCAAGGCGCUCACACCUAUGGCUACAAUGAUAUUGCCCUAGGAAUUGCCUUCAUGGGCAACUUUGUAGAAAAGCCACCAAAUGCUGCAGCAUUGGAGGCAGCCCAGAGCCUGAUCCAGUGUGCAGUGGACAAGGGGUACCUGACUCCCAACUACCUGUUGGUGGGGCACAGUGAUGUUAUCAGCACUCUGUCUCCUGGGAAGGCGUUGUACAACAUCAUCAGCACCUGGCCUCACUUCAAACAGUGA